AUGUCCUCCGCCGCGCGGUCGCGCCACCAGCGCCGCGCGAUGGACGUCAAGGUCCUUUAUACGUUGGACGCCAGUCCACAUACCAUGAUUGCACGAGUAGGCCAUCGUGUGCCGGUACGAGUCGCACGGCACAAACGCAACCACCAGUUGUUGGGGCGCGUCGCUCUGAAGGCGUGCCUCAAUGCCAUCUGCUUUGCGAGUCCUGAACUGCUUGUGGAUAAGAAUACCGACUAUAUUGUGUACGCCGCAGACCCGGAAGAAGGAUCGCAUGUCCCGACGCCCCCCAUGGUAAGCCCACGCAAAUCGGCCAGUGCUACGCCGAUCUUUGUUGGGAAGGGCUUCUUUAGCGGUGGGCUGGAUGAGCCUGGCGAAGGCACAUCGUACGUCACAGGCCACGUCCGCUGUGAGGCGCAAAGCAGCUCGGCAUUUAGCUCUGAUGAAGAGGACGGCGCGGGCGCCGGGAGCGAUGUGCUGGAGAUUGUACUGCGUCUCAAAGAGUCGACGCAGCGUGGGCGCGAAGAGUACCAAACGCGGAUCCGCGGCAUGGCGGGCCCCAGUACGCCCACAGCGACAUCGACGCCAACGCCAGCGCCCAGCACGCCCUCGGCUCAAGUGCUGCAAGUGCUGCAAGCCAUGCAAGCGCAUCAAGGCUCGCUCUCGACCGAGCAGCAAUCGCACCUAAUGGGGCUGCUGGGCAUGGUCGCAGGCGCCGUACAAAGCGGGGCACUCCAGGCACCGCAAGAACCAGCAUCCACACAGCCGACUCCAUCCGAAACAAAGUCUACGCAGCGCGCUGCACGACCGGGAGCGCGGGAUCCACGUACAGAGCUUCCACGCGUAUGCUACAAUUGCGGGACGACACAGGCGUCGACGUGGCGUAUCAUUACGUUGCCAGCGGGCGUCACCGUACAGCAUCCGGCAGGAGAGCGUCCACCGACCGAUGUAGUGCCGCUGACAUGGCGUCGGCAGGACCGAGGCGAUGGGCCUAUCCAGACGGAGCACGAAGCUCGUUGGCAAGCAUGCAACCCCUGUGGUCUGUACUACGCCAAGUACGGUGUGUCACGGCCUGACUAUGUACGCAACUUUGUUGCGCGGCCGUCGAAAGACGAAACGAAGAAACGCGAGGCGCAAAGCAAGCCCACGACCGAUCGUGCCUCGAAGCGCGGAAAGCCAUCCGCUGCCCAUACCCCGCGGGGCCUGUCACGUACGCUCAGUGCAGUUGCGCAGCGCGAUGCAGAGCGUGUACAGCAACGCAAUGAAAACCGACCCCCGGUAUCCACGUCGCUGCCUAGUUGGGACGCUCCUGGCUUGGCAAAGAGUCCUGCGCGACGUACGUCGCGGCCUAGCGCGUUCACGAGCCCCAGCACGGCGUUUGGCGUGUCCACUGCGAUGAUGAAUUCCAGCCCGCACACGGUGCUACAAACGCUUAUGAACGAAACGGAUAUGGACUUUGAAGAGCGCGAAGCGGGGCAGGCUACGACGCCCAGUAAGCUGCGUGGGAAGAUCUGGUCGAGCCCCGUGCGGCGGAGUCCCCGAAAGCAGCCGCCUGGCACGGUGGCGAAUGUGAAUCCCUAUGCGUCGAUGCUACGUGCGGCCUCGUCACCUGGCCCGAAAAAGGACGGGGUACGUGAGCCGCUUCGGGAUGCGCUGACGUCGCCGACGACAGCACGUACGACGAUGAUGCCACCACUUAACCCGUUCAUGGGUCUCGGCAGUAUGGACGAUGAGCAUGAUACCUUUGGGGGCGGGCCGCCAAGUCCCAGUGCAGGCCGCACAUCGCGUGCCAAGCCCGCGCCGAAGCGCGAGAUUCGUACGCCGAGCCGCAUGCCGAAAGACCAGGCGUGGGCGCAGCCAGGCAGUCCCUCGCUGGGCCUCGAUGAGCCAUUACGCCUGGCCCUCCCUGAUUCGGCGAGCAUCAAAGACUUGUUUGCUGCGCCCACGACGCCGUGGAUGGGAGACACGUGGGAUGCGGACACGACGCAGCCGCCGUCGACUGAAGCCAAGACGUCGACGGCCAACGCGUCGCAAGCGCUCGUGCCACGACCGGCACGCCGUCCUCUGCCAGCGACGGUGGAAGACGCUACGUCGUCGCAUUCGGGCUCGCCAGCGGACGCCUCGUCGGAAGCCGACGACUCGCUGGUCGAUUUGAUCGAGGAUCCUUACGGCCUGCUGUCCGCGUGUGGCCUUGGUGUGCUGUCCUCGGCGCAGGGCGAUGGCCACGAGAUGGUUCUGCAGGGCCAAGGAGGUGGGUUCAGUGUUGAUGCCUUUAACGGGAUUGAACUGCACCAAGCGCCAUCGUUUGCCCAGCAUCUUGAGGCGUUUACCCGCAGCGGGGGCCUUGGUGUUGCGGCGCAUAUGGGCGCAACACCGCACGAUAGCACAGCUGUGACCACGCUGCCAGCGGCGCCGCAAGUGCACUCUAUCGGGCAUACGACACCUUCGACGACGCCGGCCGCGGCUGCGAAGCCCACAGAAAGCGAGGGGACACAGGAUCUCGAGACGUUCCUCGACGAUCCCACUGUCCAGGCGAUGCUGGCGACGUUGCAGAAUGCCAACGCCCCUGAGACGACCACGGCUGUGCCGACGCCAGCGCCAGCGGCCCUCCUCACAUCGUAA